AUGGCCGCUUCUUUCUGGAGUCGGCUGGCGGACGAUGCGCUGCUGGACGUGCUGCGGACGAUGCUGACGGAGUGCCGGGCCCGACCGGCCUCCUGUCCCCACGUGCUGGUGCUCAGCCUGGGCACGCACGUGCUCACCACACCCCAGCCGUCGUUCGACGCCUGCCUGCUGGCCGAGGUGGCCGGCAUCGAGCGGGCGGCGGCCGUGCUGCAGCAGCUGGCGGCCGUGGGCGUGCGCGUCUUCUGGAAGCUCAGCGAGCCGGAGAACUACGAGCACAUGAUGGACAUCGCCUCUUCCGUCAACUUCGCCCACCUCAUUUACAACGCGCUCAUCACCGACCGGCUGGAGCAGGUGGCGCCCUCCGUGCGCCUGUGGUCGUCGGUGCUGCCACCUGUCGCCAACUACAUCGUGAGGUGUCGGCUGGACGAGGCGUGGCGCCGGCAACCAAAGGAAUCGCCUCUCUGGAAUUGCCGCGACCACCUCCACUACGGAGAUGUGGUCCAAGACCAGUACAGGAACGUGCUGCAACGCUAUUUAUGCGCGCAAAUGUAACCUUCGGCCAGUAUCAUGGGGGCCAGUAAGUAUGCAGUUGUACGCGGGAGUGUGUGUUUUGACGCUUUCGCGAAUUGAUGAUCGCUUUUAUCCGGUUCUACGCGAAGGCUUGCCGCGGCCACAGGUCUCGCUCGUCCCCGUACUGUGCUGGGGUGACGAAUGUUGUGACGCGGCACCCGCCGCCAGAGCGUCUUGCUCCUGUGGUCUGCUACAGUGCGAUACGAUGUUAAGGUUAUGCUGUCAUGCCUGUUAUGUCUCCGCGCAGUCAGAUGCGCAGCCUAGCACACUGGGCCAGGCUGUUGUGCAUGGGUGCGCGUUUCGUGGGACGGAAAGCAGGGAGUACGAAUGAGAACAAUUUGUAGGUCAUUGUUCUGUUAACAGCGUUACAUUCGCGAAACAUACAAACAGGUCGUUUUCGAGGCUGUACGCCAGACAGAACUGACCGAACC